AUGGCGAAGGGGACUCGCCGCCCAAAGCUAUACAUGCCCGUGAGCAUGAAGUUCAACUCCUGUAUACAUUGUCUUCGCCACGUGAUCAACAACUACAGACCUGCCCAAAGAGUUCCUUUUGGUAUCGGGUGCCAAAUGGAUGCGCGUGCAUCUUUCUAUGUAGCUUCUGCUCCGAGAAUAAUAAGCUAUGCGAACCAGCUCAGCAACAAGGAGGACUUUCCUGACUACAAUCAAAAUUCCCUGGUCUUCUUGCUUCAAUCGACCUUCCUCAAGCACAUCCUGGACACUGAUUUCUUGAAUGAAAGGUCGACUGCCUCGGCUGAUGGUUUUCAGUUCCAUGCCACGAGACGAAGAACAUCCGCCCUGAGCGCAAUGUUCCCAUCCGAGCACGAUACAGGUUCUGUAUGCACUAUCUUCGACAUGUCAAUACCAACUAUGACUGCUGAAGCUGCUCUGUAUAAAACUGGAUACUAUAUUGAUAACAAGGCUUCCGUGCUAUGUCACUCCUCUUACGGCGGCAAGAAGACAUGCGAACCAGUAUGCUGGAUAAACGCCCACCAUCUAGUGAAGAUCGUCGAAUAA